GCGGCUGCUGCUACUGUGACUACUGAUAAUACGCCUGUUAUCACCCCGGAGGAGGAGGCGGCUACUACUGUGACUACUGAUAAUACGCCUGUUAUCACCACUGAGCAGGAGGCGGCUGCUACUGUGACUACUGAUAAUACGCCUGUUAUCACCACUGAGGAGGAGGCUGCUGCUACUGUGACUACUGAUAAUACGCCUGUUAUCACCAUUGAGGAGGCGGCUGCUGCUACUGUGACUACUGAUAAUACGCCUGUUAUCACCACUGAGGAGGAGGCUGCUGCUACUGUGACUACUGAUAAUACGCCUGUUAUCACCACUGAGGAGGAGGCUGCUGCUACUGUGACUACUGAUAAUACGCCUGUUAUCACCACUGAGGAGGCGGCUGCUACUGUGACUACUGAUAAUACGCCUGUUAUCACCACUGAGGAGGCGGCUGCUACUGUGACUACUGAUAAUACGCCUGUUAUCACCACUGAGGAGGCGGCUGCUACUGUGACUACUGAUAAUACGCCUGUUAUCACCACUGAGGAGGAGGAGGCGGCUGCUACUGUGACUACUGAUAAUACGCCUGUUAUCACCACUGAGGAGGCGGCUGCUACUGUGACUACUGAUAAUACGCCUGUUAUCACCGCUGAGGAGGCGGCUGCUACUGUGACUACUGAUAAUACGCCUGUUAUCACCACUGAGGAGGGGGAGGCUGCUGCUGCUGCUACUGUGACUACUGAUAAUACGCCUGUUAUCACCACUGAGGAGGCGGCUGCUGCUACUGUGACUACUGAUAAUACGCCUGUUAUCACCACUGAGGAGGCUGCUGCUACUGUGACUACUGAUAAUACGCCUGUUAUCACCACUGAGGAGGCGGCUGCUACU